CUUGGCAACAAUCCAUUUCUUUGCUAUCUAAGAUAUCUUAAAUUGGCGUUAACUUCUGUGUGGUAAAGGGAGGAAUUGGCCUGCCAAUAAGACGCGAGGGUUCACUGCCGUUGCGUGCCACACGAGUCUCUCUCUUCUGCCGGUCUUCUACAGGUGUCGAGGAGAAAAUGGGUGGUGUUAACAAGCGAUACUGGAGAUACCUGAAAGGAGGAAUGGAGAAAGUGUGAAAAUAAUGCACUGACGCCGCGGGCAGAGUCUCCUAUCGUUGAUUUUUCCAGUCGAGUUUGUUGGAUUGGAUAUGUGAAGGACGGAAGUUGGUGUGGGGUCUUGUUCGUACCCAGCUUGGUCCGGAAGAUGCCGGGUGCACCAUUGAAGCGAAUUUGUCACCGUCGGAAUUUCUGUAAAGCCUAUGAAGAGCUCAUCUUCUCACAUGAGAACUUCACGUUAUCAAAUGAUCUAUUGCAGGGGUGGAACAAGAUUUUGCCAGUGGGGUCCCGAGAUUGGACGCGAAUUGGAAAUCUGCACUGCGACUUUCGUAGGAGUUCCUGCAGGUUUAUAUUUGAAAUUCGAUAGAGAUACAUUAUCUCGUCUCAACUUCAGUUCAACUCACGCCAGCUCUCUUAUCGCAAUCCUGAAUUUGAUCACUAUGCAGCAGCUUGGAUCACAGAAACUUAGCGGAAUGUACAUUGAAAGCGUGAUGGUUGGGUAUGCGUCCCUGUUACGUCCCUCCAGAAACACAUGUUCUUCUGUUUUUCGUGCAACUUCUUACUCGACUUAGCCCGAAUGGGAGCCUUUGCAACUUUUGUCAAACUUCUUUAAUAGCUU